AUGAGAGCUAUAUGCUUGAGUCAGGGCCUCCUGUGGACUGGUCCCUCGGAUGAUCGCCGGCCAGGGAAGGUGCGACCCCUCCCGCAGUUCGUCUUGUUCGAUCAUCCCCCUUCCCCUUCAGCAUUCUCUCUUCCGUUGCUUACCUGGUUUAUUACUUCCGUUUUCCAGCUGUGGAGUUCGUUUCAGUGCUCGCGGCGGCAUCAGCGACACCUGAAGUUUUUCUCAGCUGUUUCUCUUGACGCGGGCACGAUUUCUGCCAGCCACAUUCCUGCAGCUCCCAUUCUUCUCCCGGAGGGGCCCUGGAAGCAGGUUCGAUCCCUCCCAAUAAAAACGGCAAAGCAAAUAGAUUAGUUAGCAGCUUAAGAAAGUUGGGCUUUUGUGGCUUAUACUAGACACUGCGUCAAACUUGUUGCUCAUCUCUUCUCCAAUUCCUCUCGCGUAGCUUCCGGGAGGCGUGACAGCUGCGAAAGGAUUUAAAGCGGCAGGCAUCUACGGUGGUCUCCGCGCAAAAGGGGAAAAGCCUGACCUUGCUCUCGUCACAUGUGAUGUUGAUGCCGCCGCCGCCGGUCAGAUUCUUGUGUUUUCGUACAUACACAUCUUGAAAUUUCACGGUAGAAUUGAGAAGAAGAAAAAGAAUAUUACAGAACAUGUAUCUCUAUUCAUAUUUUUCUAUUGUUUUCGAUCUACUUUUCAUCAUAAGCUUUAGAUUAUAUUAAAUGAAAACCCUAUUGAAAAUCAUACUAGAAUCUGAUUAUUUAUUUACUUAUCACUAAUAGUCAUACCCAUCCUAAUCCUAUAACAGAAGUCCCUUCUUGCUGCAUGCAAUCGCAUAGCCUUAUUCAUCAAUAUGUGUUUUUUUAAUGGAUUCUGAAUGAAUAUAUUGACCUUAAUCCCUCGAUCAUGUCCUUGCAUUUUUCUUUGUGUUCUUCAAUGCGAGCAUGGUUAGCUACACGUGAUGAAAGUAUUCGAUGAUGAUGUUGCAUGCUUUCAGGAGCAUUCACUACAAAUAUUGUUGCUGCUGCACCUGUAAUCUAUUGCAAGCGCAUUCUAGACACUUCAGAGACAGUAUGUAGAUUUUAUUUAUUAUGCACCAAUUGUGUCUGCGGUUUGUCAUAUGCGUUUCAAAUGAUGUAUAAUUGAAUCACUCUUUAUCAUUCUCUUAUUUUUUUUCGAAUUAAAGGCUUGAAUAUAGGAUCAAGCAUUCUUUGUCAUUUUUUUUCUCGCCAUAAAUGGAUUUGUGGGCUUCAACACUCUCAGGGACGUGCAGUGCUAAUCAAUGCUGGGCAAGCAAAUGCUGCUACUGUAAGUUUUUUAUAUAUAUAUAUAUAUAUAUUGUGCAUCUGUCCUUAACUUAUUUAGCAUGAUCUGUUAUUAUUCUUGGUCGCACACUGAAAAUGUAUUGAUUUCUAUGCCACGUUUAAUUUAUUUUUUGAAGAAAAAAUACAGCCUUUUGUGAACCCUCUUUUCUAUCUUUUUUCACACACAAGUAAAGAUACAGAUAUAUCUGCACCCGAACAAACCUGAGAAAAGCAUGGUUAAGGUAAAUGAGAUAUUCUACGUCAUUAUUGAAGAGAAGAUAGGGGCUGCAUAUAUGUUGAUGAUAUUUAUUUAUUAUUUAUUUAUUGUGUGUGUGUAUGUGUGUGUGUGUGGGUGGGUGGGUGGGUGGGUGUCGGUAGGUAUGGGUGUGUAUUUGGGAGGGGGGGUGCGGCUGGUAGUGAUUAUUCUCGUCUGUUCUAUGAUAAUCUAUUUAUAGUUUUCUCAAUAUUUAUUUUGAUUAGGUGACUAAUUACUGGUGCAUAAGGCAUGAAGCUACGAUAUCUACACCAUUUCUUUCCUUUAGUGGUCGCUCAUGGCCUGUUGAGCUCGUUAUAGGUCUUCAUAUUCGGUCUAACUUUAGUAACCUUACACCAAAAAAGUUCAUAUGCACUAACUUCUUGCUUUAUUUUUAAGAAUUUAUACACUGUAAAAAUAGGAAAUAAUUUCUAAAGUUUCUGUUCAAUGCAGGGCGACGCUGGUUACCAAGAUGUCAUAGAAUGCUCAAAUACUGUAGCUGAGGUCUCUUUGACUUUAGAAAUUUUGACAUCCUAUUUUCCUGUAUAUAACAAAAAAAUUCAUCAUACGCUAUGGUUGUGAUUAUUCCUUUCCUGCUUGUGCAGCUCCUCCAAAUCGGGCAAGAAUCUGUGCUGGUGGAAUCCACUGGUGUUAUUGGUCAAAGAAUAAAGAAGGUAACGGUUGUACAAAGAAAUACUGAAAUGUUCCUUCGUCUUAUCUAUGUAUCUCUCCCUUCCAGUCUGUCCUCCCCGUGGAAACUGGACGAUGAUACUUGUUCGAUGGAGUUUAGGGCUUCUGCUGCAGCCUUUCGUCUUUCUACCAUCUCAGUUGGGUCUAGUUCUUCUUGUUGACCUCACAUAAUGCAAGUUCUCUUUUGCCAUUUGUUUUUGCAGGAGGCCCUUCUUUCUUCACUUCCAACGCUGAUUGCCUCAUUAACAUCAUCUACAGAAGGGUAUCUAUGUGACUGCUGUUAAUCGAGCUAGUUCUGCUAAAAUUUAUGGAUUGGUUUACUUUUGGGUAUUUUAAUGUCCAGCAUUUUCCAUGUCUGGAAAAAAAAAAUUCAAUCUUUGUCUGGUUGUAUGCGCCUGCAGAGCAGAUUCUGCUGCUGUAGCGAUCACAACGACUGAUCUUGUCAGCAAGAGUGUAGCUGUUGAGACAAAGGUUUACAAUUAUCCACUUAUCACUAUUACUAAGAACGUGCUGAAUUAAUAAUUAUUCUGUUCUUCUCAUAGCCUUGUUUUCGGUCACUCCUAGCAGUUCAUUUCAUCUAUGAUCAUUGGUUCUGUGGACUGAGCAGGUCGGCAGUUCACUCAUCAGAGUUGGGGGGAUGGCGAAAGGUUCUGGGAUGAUUCACCCAAAUAUGGCGACUAUGCUUGGUGUAUGCCAUUGUUUCAUCUCUCCCCACCCCUCCUUCAGUAAUGGUGUUCCAGUUUUCUCACAUCGCUGAAGAUACUGUAGGUGAUAACAACUGAUGCUUCGGUUGCAACAAGUGUCUGGAGAGAAAUGGUGCGGAAAUCUGUGGACAGAAGCUUUAACCAAAUAACGGUAACAUUCUUUUCAGCAAAUCUACUCUCUGUUGUUUUUCUAUUGUCCUGUUGCAGAAAUGAUCAAGGGACUUUCGUGUGAAUUUUACUAAAUACUCCUUAAGAAACUUAUUUUUUGUGCACAAUCCAAUCUGAAUGCGGCAGGAGAAGCAUAGUCCAUAUAGCAGCUCAAUCUUUGCAAGAAAUGGGCUUUCUUGAUUUUUGUACAAAUCUUUCAGGUAGAUGGAGACACGAGUACCAAUGACACUGUUAUUGCACUCGCCAGUGGGUUAUCUGGGUCGACCAAGAUUUCCUCCCUCGAGGGUUCUGAUGCUGCGCAGCUUCAAGCAUGCCUUGAUGCUGUAUGCUCAGUUCUUAACGGCACACUUCAGUUUUUCUUAUCUUUUUAUUUUUUGCGUGAAAAGGGUUCCAUUCAUAGCAUUUAUUGCUUUCCAGGUAAUGCAGGGCCUUGCAAAAUCUAUAGCAUGGGAUGGUGAAGGCGCAACAUGCUUGAUUGAGGUAUUAUCAUCCUUGACCAUGGUACAUAAACAUAUAUAUAUAUAUAUAUAUUAUGUAUGUAUAAAUAUAAAUAUACAUGGGAUUAUGAUUUCUUUCAGAAAAAAAAAACAAUUUCAUAAUUAUUUGCCGAAGUUGUUCUUCAUUCUCAGGUCAGUGUUUCUGGAGCGAAAGAUGAGACAGAAGCAGCAAAGAUUGCGCGUUCAGUUGCAGCCUCAUCGCUCGUCAAGGUAUCAAUCCAGAGGGCAUCAUGGACCCUAGCCUGCAUAAAAUGGGAAGUUUAUUAGUCUGAGAAAAUGGAAAUUUCAAUGAUCUUGUAGAAUCCUAAGCUUUCCAUAUCCUCCCUUAGGCUGCUGUUUAUGGAAGGGAUCCGAAUUGGGGGCGCAUUGCCUCUGCUGUCGGCUAUGCUGGCAUUCAGUUUGACCUGAAAGACCUUUGCAUCUCUCUUGGGAAUAUCGAGCUCAUGAACAGUGGUCAACCUCUUCCAUUCGACAGGUAACAUCUGAAAAGCUCCAGCAUCAGGCAGAAGCCCACUGUAAGGCUUUGCUCUGAUUGGUAUAGAAAGAAAUUCACAUAUUAUAUAUAAAUAUUUAUUUUUGAAAUAUUUUAGAAUAACUUUUAUUGAUGUCAUAUUUUUCCCCCAUGGCAGAGACAGUGCAAGCUCUUACCUCAGGCAUGCAGGAGAGAUCCAUGGGACUGUUGAAAUCCGUGUUUCUGUGGGUAAGCCCGGCUGUACUCUACUCUAUGAGGAUUGAAGGGAUUGAAGGGGGUGGGGCCCGUUUUCAGCUUCUCCGGGCUUUUAUUUAUUUAUUUAUUUGUUCCACUUAAGCCCGAAAAAAAACCUUCCCACAAUGGAGAAUGAUCACCUUCCUGGUCUGGUUCCACAGGGCAUGGAGAAGGAAGCGGCAGGGCCUGGGGCUGCGAUCUGAGCUACGACUAUGUCAAGAUUAACGCCGAGUACACCACGUGA